AUGACAUUGCUUUUGGGCCCUCCAUGUUCCGGAAAAACCACCCUCUUGUUGGUCUUGGGUGCAAAACUUGAUCCAAAAUUAAAGUUUUCUGGAAAGGUGACUUAUAAUGGUCGUGGGAUGGAUGAGUUUGUACCCCAAAAAACUGCUGCUUAUGCCAAUCAAAAUGAUCUUCAUGUUGCAGAGUUGACAGUCAGAGAAACCUUGGCCUUCUCAGCAAGAGUCCAAGGAGUUGGAACUCGUUAUGAUUUGCUUGCAGAAUUGUCCAGAAGAGAAAAAGAGACAAAUAUCAAGCCUAAUCAAGAUAUUGAUGUCUACAUGAAGAUUUUAGGACUGGAGGUCUGUGCUGAUACUAUUGUACGAAAUGCAAUGUUAAGGGGGAUAUCUGGUGGACAAAGGAAACGUGUUACAACAGGGGAGAUGCUGGUUGGACCAACUAAUGCUUUAUUCAUGGAUGAAAUAUCUAUUGGGGUCAGAAAGACUUUGAAUUCAGAGUUAUGGCAUGCUUUUGCAGGGCUUCUUGUGUCAUUACCCCAAGUUGGGAGUCUUGUGUUUUACUUCCCUCAGGGACAUAGUGAGCAGGUGGCAGCUUCUACUAGAAGAACAACAACAUCACAGAUUCCAAACUACCCCAAUCUUCCAUAUCAGUUGCUGUGUCAAGUUCAAAAUGUCACACUUCAUGUGAGUGUUGGGUGCUGGUUGACUUGA